AUGGUGACGAGCGUGAGAAACUUCCCGGACCGACGAGGGAUCAUUUUGGGUCUUCUUAAAGGGUAUGUGGGUAUUGGAGGUGCCAUCAUAAGCCAACUUUAUUUAGCCAUUUACGGCCACAAUGAUCCAUCCAAUCUGGUUCUUCUUUUCGCAUGGCUCCCCUCUCUCCUAAUCCUCAUCCUUUUCCCCUCAAUUCGACCAAUCCGUAUCCGUAAGCAUCCCGAUGAACUCAAAGUGUUUUACCAGUUACUUUACGUCUCAAUUCUUUUGGCCAUUUUCAUCUUGUUUUUAACCAUUGCACAAAAACAAGUGGUUUUCUCUCAAGCUGGGUACGUAGGUGGCGCAUCCUUUGUGGUUUGCUUACUAUGCGUACCCAUUUUAAUCGCAUGUAGAGAAGAGUUGUUGCUCUACAAACUCAACAAAGAAACCGCUGCUCCUUCUGUCGCACUCUCCAUGCUUCACCAAAACCCUCCCACCCUCCCUACCUCUGCCGACUCGGAAAUCCCCGAGAUUUCGCCCUCGUGUUGCCCAAACAUAUGGAACAAGCCUGAAAGAGGGGAGGAUUUCACCAUCUUGCAAGCCGUGUUCAGCAAAGAUAUGGCUCUUAUUUGCUUAGCUACAUUUUCUGGAUGUGGCUCCUCUCUAGCCGCUAUAGAUAAUCUAGGUCAAGUUGGGGAAUCACUUGGCUACUCACAACGAGCCAUAGGCAUCCUUGUUUCAUGGGUUUCCAUAUUCAAUUUCUUCGGCCGAGUUUUCUCUGGCUUCAUCUCAGAAACCCUCAUGACCAAAUACAAGUUACCUCGUCCUCUAACCUUUGCUUUUGCCUUUCUCAUCACUUGCGUUGGCCAGCUUUUCAUCGCCUACCCUUUCCCAGGCUCCCUCUACUUAGCUGCCAUAAUUAUUGGGUUUGGAUUUGGAGCUCAAAAUCCAAUGCUAUUUGCCGUAAUAUCUGAGAUGUUUGGUCUUAAACGUUACUCCACGCUCUUCAAUUGUGGGCAAUUGGCAGCCCCAUUUGGGUCUUACAUACUCAACGUGGAUGUUGUCGGGAAGCUGUACGAUAUGGAAGCUUUACGUGAACGUAAGCAGAUUGCGGGGAAGGGGUUAACUUGCACUGGAGCUCAUUGCUUUGGUGGGUCUUUCACAGUAUUGGCUGCAGCCACAUUGUUUGGAGCCGUGGUUAUGUUUGUGUUGGCUUACCAGACUCGAGAAUUCUACAAAAGGGAUGUGUAUAAGAACUUUAACGAGGAGAUAUGGAUUCCACAAACCGAAAUGGAGUUCUAUCGCUUGGAUAACAAGAAGAACAUUGAGGAUUAA